UUGAUUAGUAAACCUAGUCUUUUGGCUCAGAAAAACAAAAAACAAUUUACUUAGAUUUAAAGAAUAAUGGCAGUCUUAAACUUCGAUGCAUUGAGGGAUUUACACGAUUCCGCCAACGAUUUGCUUCACUCGCCGGUAAUCAAACGGGAAAUCGCCACCCAUCGACAGGAAAAACUCGUGCACGAGGUUUCGGAAGCGUCAUUGAGAAUGUUGGAAGUGUGCGGGACCACAAAAGAUGUCGUUUUGCGGGUGAAAGACCACCUUCACGACCUCCGGUCGGCGUUCCGGCGAAUCAUGGUCGGAGAAACGGUGUGCGCGGAGAGCAAGCUGCAAACCUUCCGGUGCGAUCGGAAGAAGCUGAGGAAAGAGAUGAUGAAGCGGAUGAAUUCGCUGAAAGGGAUGCGGAAGAAGAACGCGUGCUUGGCGGCGGCGAAGGAGAUGAGCGCCGCCGCCGAUGAUGAUGAUCUGAGGGCGGUGGUGAACGUGCUGAGAGAAGUGAGGGCGGCGACUAUCUCGAUGGUGGAGGCGGUGAUGUCGCUGAUGUCGAUGCCGUGCCCCGACCGGUCGGCGUCGUCCUUUGCGGCGAAGCUGAUGAGAGUGAACAGCCUGAGCCGGUGGGAGAAAUGCGACGCCACGACGCUGCAGUGCGCGAAUACGAGGUUGGAGGCGGUGGAGAUGGCGGUGGGGGAUCUUGAAUGGGAGCUGGAAGCUAUAAUUCGUAGACUCAUCCGUACACGAGUUUCACUCCUCAAUAUACUCACAAACUAAUUUAAUUCUUUAGACAACUCCAUUAACCCAAAAUUGACUCAAUUAUCCUUUGUAAUUUUUAUUCAUUCAUUCAUUCUUAUAAACUUAGAUUAGAAUAAA